AUGGAAUCGGAUUCUGAAGUUGAAAACCUCAAAGAGGGUUUUGCAACUGUUAAACUUUCAAAGGAGUUCAAGAAUCAUAUCAGAGCUCCCUGGUUCGGUGCUCUCAUUUUUAAAGUCUUCGGCAGGACAGUGGGAUUCAAUUAUUUGCACUCAAAACUCAUGGCCUUAUGGAAGCAGGCAGGCAGAAUGGACUGUGUUGAUUUGGGGUGUGAUUUCUUCUUAAUGAGGUUCUCUCUCAAGGAAGAUCAUGAUCUGGUUCUUAAGAAAGGUCCAUGGUUUAUUAAAGAACACUUUCUCUCCAUUAGACCGUGGGAGCCAAAUUUUGAUCCUGAUUCUGCAAACAUUGCUUCAGUAGCAGUUUGGGUUAGACUUCCCAAACUCCCGAUUGAAUAUUAUGAUGCUGAAGCCUUACAGGUAAUCGGCAAAGCUAUUGGCUCUGUUCUUCGCAUUGACACUCACACAGCCACCGAAUCGAGAGGCCGAUUUGCGAGGCUCUGUGUGCAGGUGGACACUACAAAGCCUCUAAUAAACACUAUUUUGAUUGGGAAAUUGCAUCAGACCGUUGUCUAUGAAGGUAUUAGCAAACUUUGCUUCUCCUGUGGCCAAGUGGGCCACCGCCAAGAUCAAUGCCAGUAUACGGUUAAGCCGCCGAUGGCUGUCACAUCAGAUAUGGAUAAUGGGUCCCACAGAGAUAGUGGAAUUGGUCACGACAGAAAUCCAGGUGAUAGUCACGCUCCUGGCACUGAAGAUAAUAUUCACUCUAAGCACCCAGAUGAGGAUGUGUAUGGCCCUUAG